GGUUGCUUAAUUGUAUACGACACAUUCUGUCUGCUCUGCCAGUAUUGUGACAUUGACUUCGUUUAGAUCGAGUGUCUGGAAUUCAUACUUUUUUGUGAAAUAUUGCAUAACUUCUGCCAGGAAGGAAUAAAUUCACCCUGUAUAAACCUUUAAGAUCCCGUUGGGGCUAGUCCAUGGCGAACAAUGCCGUCCGUUUGCCAUUCAUCGGACGCGUUAUCUACACAUUCCACGCGCAGCUGGAUGGAGAGUUGAGUCUGACUAAAGGCGAUUUGGUCUUGGUUAAGCAGACCGAGGAUCGCUAUUGGUAUUAUGGUCAACUGGGCAGUGAAACGGGUCGUUUUCCACAGAACAAUGUCAGUGCUAUCACAGACCUGCCUCCACCCUUGCCUGAUCAGCCUUAUUUUGCAGCGUUGGCGAAUUUUAACCAACAGCAACCCGGUGAUCUCUCUUUCUCACGAGGUGAAAUUCUAGUCGGCCUUAAUCGUGUUGACACGAAUUGGUGGUUCGGUCGCAGUACUGACGGCCGAGAAGGUAUAUUUCCCACUUCCUUAGCUUGGCAAGUAGAUCUGCGUCCUGCCCAGAGUAUAUUAAAUAGCACGCCGUUGGUCAGAAGAAGGGCUAGAGUCUUGCAACAUUUAGUUGCCCAAUUGCCUGAAGAAUUGGAUCUGAAAAAAGGAGAUGAAGUCAUCGUUACUGGUGAGGCAGAGGAUGGUUGGCUCCGAGGAGAAUCUCAAGGAAAGACUGGAAUUUUUCCUUCCGGUUUUAUUUCGUUCAUAACAGAAGAUUCACCAAGAACUUCUUUUUCCCAAGAAAUCUCAGCUAAACCUGUCGUCAUUAUACCCGCCACCACAUCCUACCCGAUUCAAAAAGUCGAUGACCACUUAAAUAGAAGACCUUACGGCAUCGCCAGUUAUGACUUCCGGGGUCAGCAGUCCGACGAACUCAGUUUUUCAGUUGGUCAGACUGUCUUUUUAUUUCGACAUGUCAACGCUGAAUGGAUGGAAGGCGAAGCCAAUGGUCGUAAAGGAAUCUUUCCUACCUUGUUUGUUGACAUCGUCGUUGACUGCGAUGGCCCAACAACACACGAGCAAUUCGACAAAUCAAAUAAUUUUUUGCUAGAUUAUAAUAAAUCUAAUAACUUGCUAUUAGAUACAGCUAAGAAAUCGAAUAACUUGUUAUUUGAUUUCGAUCCUCUAGUAAAUGGUGAUAAUUAUUCAACGCUUAACAUUUCCUCCAACGAAACAAACAACCGAGAAAGCAAUCACUCUACAGCAACCUGGGGGGCCUCCGCUGGCAGUGCGCACACGAGCUUAGACAGUUUAAUCGCUCGAAAUCUGAACCUAUUAGGAUCGACUUCAUCUAGCCAGGCCUGUGAGAAACAAAGACCAGCGUCGUGGUCCCAAACGCUGAAUAAGCUGCAAAUUGAAUACUCAACCCAACCCGAGCGAAAACUGCCUCCCAUUCCGCCUCGACGACAGGAAACUGAAUCUCUUAGCCAAACGAUACAUCAUCAUGCUCCAUCGUUACAACCGACCAUAGAAAAUUUGGAACUCGAGGUUGUUGGAAAUGAACCAAUUAUAGGGAUGGAUAAUUAUGCCAACAGCGAAGCGUGUGGAAGCAUCUCAUCAGGAAUGAGCGAUAGUGGCGCCUCGCGACGAAAGAGCUACACAAGACCAGCUCCACCGCCACCCGCCGAUUCGCCGAAUCUGGGCCUCAGCCGUCAGGAUUCGUCGGAUUCCAUCGGAAGUCACUUUCACUCAGGCCCGCAACCACUCAGACCCGCGCCUCAAAUUCCGUGUGAUAGUGGUGAUGAACGCGUGGAAGGUCGUCGACAGAGAAUCGAAAAAGCAAAGCAGCGCAAAAUGGAGGAAGAACAGCUACGUGAUUUAGAGAUGAGAAAAAAAGUCAGAGAACAGCGGGAAAAAGUUGUAACGGAAUUACUGGUGACGGAGCGCGAAUAUUGCCGUGAUUUAAAGUUAACCUGCGAAGUUUUCAAGCUAAACGAUCCUCAGUACCUGGAGAUGAAAGGUGUUGAUGUAGCAACCCUUUUCGGAAAUAUUUUAGAAGUGAUAACCCUUUCCGAAGCUUUCAUCGAUGAAUUGAACCGAUGUAACGUAAACACUGAAGAAUCGAAUUCAACGAAUCAAUCAAUCGGCAAGAGUUUUAUUCAGACGGAACCUGAAUUUCGUCGCGUAUAUAGCCUUUAUUGCAUUAAUCAUGAUAACGCGCAGUUUCUUUUGGAAAAAUACGAAACUCUGCCCAGCGUCCAUAAAGUGUUGGAUGAAGGGAUCGCCACUCUUCGAAACGAAAUAGUUUGCUUCAAUGUGGGUUCAGUCAUUAUUAAACCUGUUCAACGCAUACUGAAAUAUUCCUUGAUAUUGGGAGAACUGAUAAAGCAUACCGAGAAUGAUCACCCCGAUAAAAGCAACUUGGUAUUAGCCUUGGGACUGAUGACUAAUGUUGCCACGCAUAUCAACGAAAGCAAGCGCAAAAAAGAAAUUGUGCUCAAAUAUCGUGAUUCUGGAUUGGAAGAAAAGCUCAGUGCGAGAAUCUCUCGUUUUAACAUGCACUCUGUGGCAAAAAAAUCUUCUCGAAUCGGCAUGCUCUUGAAAACGUCACUUGGCAUGGCUCCCACGACGAAGGACAUAGCUUUCGAGGAAGUAGAACUUCGUUUCGGAGAACUGUUUCGUGUCAUCCAGGCGGCUUUGCGAGAUAUCACUGCCGUAUGUGAGCAACUCAAGGGCACUUCACAAAUACAGUUCAAUAUAUCAGAAGCUUUUGCUUCUUUCUACGGUGAAGCAAACAGAGUCCCACUGAUCGACAACUUCCGUACAGCCCAGCGUAUAAUUUACACACAGCACUGGAACUCAUUUGACGCUUACGUCAUACAACAUGUACGUAACCCUUUAACGGCUCUGUGCGACGCCUGCGUGGGUCCUGAAAGGCUAAUUGUUAAGAGACGAGACAAAUUGCUCGAUUCAAACAUCGCUAGCGAGCGGUUGGCUAGAAAUAGAGAUCCAGCAAUGAGACGCACCUUGGAGGAAGAAGAAAACCUAGCUCGAAAUACCCAUUUAGCUCUUAAUAGUCAACUUAUGGAGGAGCUUCCAAUCAUUACAGAGCACGGAUAUAAUAUAUACCGACGCUGCGUUUCGUCGUUUUUAUAUGCCAGGAAGCUUUUGGUUGGACGGAUUACUAAAUCUUUAUUAGAUUUAAAUGAGAUUUCAGAUAUCGCCAGUCUUCAAGGAGAAAUAGAGGAGGAUUUCCAACUUGCCUACGGCAAAGCCGUGGAUCGCUUAUCUAGAAUUACUUUUAUUAAUAAAUCCUUUCGCCGUUCAUCCACCAAUGUUGUGUCAACCGAUGGAUCUGUUUCUCCCAAUGAUCCUGUUCCAGUACGGAAUAGGCUUUCUUCUGCUUUAGGAAAUCAUAGCCCCGGAGAAGGAAUUGUUGUUCAAAGUCGAGAAACGGUCAAUAUUCUUCGCUCAAAAUAUCAACCCGAGCAAUUGUACAUGGUGACAGGUCGUUGUGAAAUUAGGGAUCCAAUGGACUUGUCAGCUAAUUCCGGUCUAAUUGUCAGUGUCGUCAAACGAGAAGAUCCAAUGGGCAAUACUGGCCGCUGGUUUGUUGAUGCCGGAGAAGUGCGAGGUUUCUUACCUGCUAAACAUCUAAAUCUUUUUUCGCCACCUGCAUCGACUCAUUUAAGACCCGAAUCCACUACGUCGGUGGCAUCGAGUGUUGUGAGUGUUACCUCUUGUAAUUCUGGCUCAUUGGAAAAACUCUAUUUCGAUGAAGAAGAAGAACCAAGUUCUACAAACGGAGAAAAUGUAUAUGAUUUACCUCCUUCGUAUGAAGAAGCUUUGGGAAACGAAGAAGCACAUUCUCCCCAUCGUUACUGCGAAAUAGAUGAUUUAUUAGUUGACGAAUCCAAUUCUAAAGAGAUGAACGCAGCGUAUUACUCUCCUGAUGAGAAGGCUGAGAGUCCUAUUUACGCUAUCAUAGAAGACAUCAUUCCAUCAAGAGAAAGCAAAGAGAAGUUAUCCUCAACGGAGAAUAAUAUUUAUAAAGUGGAAUUUACAUUCCAAAAAAGCACAAUCUUAGAGAUUGAUUUGCUUGAAAAUGAACUCGUCACUGUCCUUGCUAAGCACGAUGAAGGUGGAAAUGAAGAAUGGUGGUUGGUAGAAAACGAUUCAGGAGCUCAAGGAUACGCACCCGCUGCAUAUCUAACAAAAUGGCCACAGACGUUGUAGUUCCUCAUUUGAUGAAACUCAAAUGUUGCAUUUCGCAUUUUAUAUGAAACUUCAAAAUAACUG